ACUUGUAAAAUACAUAAAAAAAACUGGUUUUCAACAACAAUUUGUCACAAAGAUUUAUACGGUUACUGUUUAAAUUUGAUGAAGAAUCGAGAAAACGAUCAAUUUGUAAAUAAUUUGUUUGCGUAAGUUCAAGCCAAAGAUGCCAAGUGAAAUCAUAACGCUACAGUUGGGGCAAUGUGGUAAUCAAAUCGGUUUCGAAUUUUGGAAGAGAUUGUGCUUGGAACAUGGAAUAUCACCGACGGGUGUGAUUGAAGACUUUGCGACCGACAACAUUGAUCGGAAGGAUGUGUUCUUCUAUCAGGCUGACGAUGAUCAUUAUAUACCGAGAGCGGUUCUGUUGGAUCUGGAACCGAGAGUCAUCAACACGAUCAUGACAUCACCGUACGCCAAAUUGUACAAUCCGGAAAAUGUUUAUUUAUCCAAAGAUGGUGGCGGAGCCGGUAACAAUUGGGCGUCUGGAUUCAGUCAGGGCGAUCAACUGCAAGAGGAUGUGUUUGACAUUAUCGACAGAGAAGCGGAUGGCAGUGACAGUUUGGAGGGAUUCGUUUUGUGCCAUUCAAUUGCCGGUGGAACUGGGUCGGGGAUGGGAUCCUAUAUCAUGGAACGAUUGUCCGACCGGUUCCCGAAGAAACUCAUUCAAACGUACAGUGUGUUCCCGAACCAGGAUGAAAUUAGCGAUGUCGUGGUUCAGCCAUACAAUUCAAUGCUGACGCUCAAGCGAUUAACCAGCUGUGCUGAUUGCGUCGUAGUAUUAGACAACACUGCUUUGAAUCGCAUCGCCACCGAUCGUUUGCAUAUUGAGAAUCCCAGCUUCACCCAAAUCAACUCAUUGGUAUCGACCAUUAUGUCGGUCAGUACAACAACGUUGCGUUAUCCAUCGUAUAUGAACAAUACAUUGAUCGGUCUUACCGCUCCAUUGAUUCCGACGCCUCAACUUCAUUUCCUAAUGACUGGUUACACUCCAUUGACUACAGACAAUGAUCAAACCGUCAACAUACGCAAAACAACCGUACUGGAUGUCAUGAGACGUCUGCUGCAACCAAAGAAUAUGAUGGUGUCAACGGGACUGGACAAGAGCAAUCACCAUUGCUACAUAUCAAUUUUGAAUAUCAUUCAAGGCGAGGUCGAUCCAACGCAAGUGCACAAGUCACUGCAACGGAUUCGUGAACGCAAAUUGGCCCAAUUCAUUCCAUGGGGUCCGACAUCGAUUCAAGUUGCUUUGUCGAAAAGUAGUCCGUAUGUGCAGAGCAAUCAUCGUGUGUCCGGACUGAUGUUGGCCAAUCACACCAGCAUUUCGUCGCUGUUCAAGAGCGCGUUGUCACAGUACGACAAACUUCGCAAGCGUGGCGCAUUUCUGGAUCAAUUCAAACGUGAGGAUAUGUUCAAAGAGGAUUUAACAGAGUUGGAUGACUCCCGAGAAGUGGUCGACUGCUUGAUUCAGGAGUAUGAAGCCGCUACGAAACCGAAUUAUUUGUGCUGGCAAGGUGGCAAGAGCAGCACAACCGAAUAGAUGGACUGCUGAUGUGCAACGUCGAAUCUCAUUAUUUGAAUCACAAAGAUCCCAUCACAAAUUUCGUUUUUGAUUUUGUUUAGCAAUUUAGUCGCAUGCCAUGAACUGAAUUUCAAAAUUGUUGUUCCAAGCCAUCCAACUCAGUUCGUUCUCGUUAAAUAAACUUAAACAUUUGAUUAAUU